AUGCCGAACGUCUGCAAGAAGCAGCGGGAGAAGUGGCGUCACAUCAAGGACUUGGACAUUCCUCAGUGCUCCCAUGGACAGGUGGAACUGUUGCUCGGAGCUAACGUCAGCGAGGCAGUCAUCCAGCAAGAGGUCCGGGUGGGUCAACCAGGCCAACCGAUAGCUGUACGUACUGCUUUUGGUUGGACCCUGACUGGCGCUGUGUCCGACCUGCACCCUGGAAAACAUGGACGAACUAGAAGAGCGAUGUUCAUCCAGAAAGGCUCCGCUGCUGACGAGGAACUGGACAACAUGCUGAAGGACUGGUGGACAACUGAAUCCUUCGGAGCCAAGUAUGAAAGGUCAGUGUCACAGUCGAAAGAAGACCGUCGAGCGCAAGAGCUUCUAGAGUCAACAACCACCAAGUUAACCGGCAACCGCUACGAGACUGGCCUCCUCUGGAAGACUGAUGACGACACGCCGUUUCCAGACAGCAAGGUGAUGGCUACAAAGAGACUACACGGCACCGAGAGGCGUCUGAUAAACGAUCAAGAGAAAGCAGCAGCUUACCAGGCCACGAUCGAUGCAUAUGUAAAAAAGGGCCACGCCAGAAAGCUGUCCAGGGAGGAGGCACAGCUCCGGCUGCCCAGACGCUGGUUCCUACCACACCAUGCCGUGACUAAUCCCAAUAAGCCAGGCCGCCUCAGGAUAGUCUUCGAUGCGGCAGCCAGAUCGUACGGAACAUCGCUGAAUGACAAGCUCCUGACUGGACCAGACCUGCUGAAGAACCUCACCGGCGUCCUGCUCCGUUUCCGAGAAGAAAAAGUCGGCAUGGUGGCAGACAUCCAAGAAAUGUACCACCAGGUCCGUGUCAUCGAGAAGGACCGACCUGCGCUCAGCUUCCUGUGGCGCGACCUGGAUCAAACUAGAGAACCAGACAUCUACGAGAUGCAGGUGACCAUCUUCGGCGCCAAAUCGUCUCCAGCGUCUGCCAACUACGUCCUCCAAAGAACAGUCGCGGUCCAUGGAGAAGACUGCGGGCUGCCAAAGAAGGCCGUGGAAACUGUGAAGAACAGUUUCUACAUGGACGACUUCUUACGAUCAGAAGAACAUGAAGAUGAUGCGUUGAAGACGACGAAGCAGGUGACAGAGACACUCUCCCGAGGCGGCUUCCAUCUAUCCAAGUGGGUAAGCAACUCGCGGCGCGUCCUGGAGAGCAUUCCCCGAGAGGAGCGCGCCCAGCCGGAACUAGACCUCACAGAAGCGGAGCUGCCCACACAAGGCGCCUUGGGAGUGGUCUGGGAUGCUGAAAGGGACAGUCUGAGCUUCAGAUUCCGAGACUCAAGCGUCCCGAUGACAAAGCGGGGAGUCCUCCAAAGGACUGCGUCGAUCUUCGACCCUCUGGGGAUCGCCGCGCCCUUCGUCAUCAGAGCCAAAAUGUUCAUGCAGCAGCUCUGGACCAAGCAACUGGACUGGGACGACGAGCUGGAUCGUGAGGAGCAGAAAGAAUGGGAAGAAUGGCUCCAAGAACUGCCAGCACUGAGAAACAUCAGUGUCCCACGCUGCCUCCGUCCAACAUCAAGUGACACAAUAGCGCGUGAGCUUCAUGUCUUCUGCGACGCAUCAGAGGGAGCGUUCGGAGCAGUCGCUUAUCUCCGUACGACCUCACCAGACAGCACGCAUCACUGCUCGUUCAUCAUGAGCAAGACACGAGUUGCACCGCUGAAGAGACUGUCGAUCGUCAGACUGGAGCUGCAGGCAGCAGUGCUCGCAGUGCGCUUGGUGGACGCGCUCCAAAAGGAGAUACCAGAUCAAGUCAAGAAGGUCACCUACUGGAGCGACAGCCGGGUCGUCCUGCAGUACAUCAGCAACGAGAGCAGACGAUUCCAUACAUUCGUCUCAAACAGAGUGGCAGAAAUCCACGACCUGUCAGACAAAGGUCAGUGGCGUCACUGCCCAGGACGACUCAACCCAGCCGAUCUGUGCUCCAGGGGUGAGACAGUGAAGGAGCUCGCCGACAACCCUCUCUGGCUAUCCGGCCCAGACUUCCUCCGACGCGACGAAGAAGGGUGGCCAGAGCAGCUUCACGUUCAGAAGCUGGCUGAAGAAGACGUAGAAGUGAAAGUUGGAGCCUUCGCCACAGUCACGGUGAGGGAUCCAAAGGCAGCACUGCCGACACCGAGCAAAUUCUCGUCUUGGACAAAAUACAAGCGCACGGUGGCCUGGAUCCUGCGCUUCCUCCGCAACUCGAAGCUGAAAGGCGAGCAGAAGCGACAGCGAAACCUAGGCCCACUGACCGUGUCAGAGCUCCAUGACGCGGAGAAGACCAUCCUCCAGAUGGUGCACGCGGAGGCAUACAGGACCGAGCUGCACCAGUUACAGGCGGGUCAGCAGCUCAACAAGAAGAGCGGCAUCGCCGAUCUGUCACCAAUUCUGGACGCUGAUGGCAUCUUACGAGUCGGGGGGCGACUAGAGAAUGCCCCACUCGACGAAGACGCUCGCCAUCCCAUUCUACUCCCAGCAGGUUCUGAUGUGGCGAGGAUGAUCAUCUACGAAACGCACCGUCAGCUCAUGCACGCCGGCGCAGAACACACCCUGAACGAAGUUCGCCAGAAAUUCUGGAUUCCGAGGGGUCGUUCGCAGGUAAAACGAGUCCUUAUCGACUGCGCCAUCUGUCGCAAGAGAAGGGCGAGACCUCAGCCUCCAAGAAUGGCCGAUCUUCCCGCUGACCGGUUCAACACCUCCCACCCGUUCAGCUUCGUGGGGAUCGACUAUUUCGGACCGCUCACAGUCAGGCGGUUCCGAAAGACGGAAAAAAGGUACGGCCUGCUGGUGACGUGUCUGGCCACGCGAGCCAUUCAUCUGGAAGUGUCCAACAGCCUGGAUACUGACAGCUUCCUGAUGGCCUUCCGACGGUUCGUGGCACGCCGAGGUCGUCCAAAGAAGGUUUUCUCCGACAACGGAACAAACCUGAAAAGCGGUGAACGUGAACUCCGAGAGGCACUAACACAGUGGAACCAGCAAAGGAUCUCUGACGAGCUGAGCCAGCAGCAGAUCGAAUGGUGUUUCAACCCACCAGCCGCGAGCCACAUGGGCGGCAUAUGGGAAAGAAUGAUCGGCGCAGUCAAGAGAGCGCUAUCGGUCGUGCUCGGCGGCGAGGUGACAACAGACGAGGUGCUGUCAACUGUCUUCUGCGAAAUAGAGAGCAUGAUCAACAGUAGACCGCUGACACACGUCACAGACGAUGUGAGAGACCUGACAGCUCUCACGCCGAACCAUUAUCUCCUGGGGAGGGGAAGCCGUUGUCUUCCCCCUGGAGUCUUCAGCAGCCAGGAUCUGCACUCCAGAAAAAGAUGGAGGUACGUUCAAGCACUGACGGACCAUCUCUGGCGAAGAUGGAAAAGGGAGUACCUCCAUACCCUGAUCCACAGGAGAAAAUGGCAAGCUGACCAACGGAACCUAGCAGUCGGCGACGUGGUGCUGCUAGCAGAAUCUGACACGCCCCGAGGUCACUGGCCGCUGGCGCGCGUGCUGCAAGUGUUCCCGGGGCCUGACGGCCGAGUCCGCGCCGUACAGCUGAAGACAGCAGCAGGUGGUACGUAUACCCGGCCUGCCACGAAGGUGGCGCUUCUGGAACUUGCCCCGUCGCCUCCUCAGCCAUCUCAUUAG